UUAUCGGAGAAACUACCAGAUCAAAAGAGCCUGAAACUCCAGCUCAAGUCCAAACUUUUAGACAAUCUGAAAUAGGUGCAAAAAAAUCGAUGCGUACAGAAUCAAAAACAGCCUUUGUAAGUAAAGUGUUAAAAGACACUAAAAAGCCUAUAACAAAUGUCUUGUUGAUUGAACCGACGAACCUUUUGGUGAAUCCUAAAUUUGAGGUCACUUAUACAUCAUUGAUCAAAAAGAUAGUUAAAAUAUUGAAUAAGAAGAUGAAAAAUGUUCAAAUUGAUGUGCAGAGUUUAAUACCGGUAGUUGGCAAAGUUGCGAAAUUGAACAUAUCAUCCGCAUGUCAUGAAAUUGGCACAUUUAAUACAAUAUUUGUUGAAUCUCUAAAUGCUGGAGAAAACGUAACAAUGGAACAAACUGACUUAGCAGGACUAAAACCAAGCACCGAAACACCUUCGUCGAGAAAGUUUGACAUUUAUAUGGAAAUUGAUGUGACAGAAAAAUCUGUUAAGGUAUAUGUAAUAUCGAAAACCCUAGAAAUAAGAAAACCCUCACCUUUGGAAUCCUUCUUUCUUGGAAAUACAAAAAUAAAUCUAAUAAAACCAAAACCUAUCUCUCUAAAUGCAAUGUUAACUCAAUUUAUAUCUACUAAAAGCAAUGCUAUACCAAUAUGUUUAGAACUCGAAGCUACCUUGACGUCAAGCUCUGAAACAGACAAAGUAAAUUUAAUGUUAAGAGAUUCUGAGAAACAGCUGUUCCAGUCGCUUGACUUGGAUAACAAACAUGGCAGUGUAAAUGACAUUAUAACACGAUUUCAGGCAGAAAAAUUUAACGAGUUAUCAACAAAGAAUAUAACUACUAAACUUGACCAAAUAACGGUAGAUCAAAAGAAAGGUGCAAAACGUUUAGUUGAAAUUCCAUUGAGAAUAAUACAAGCCAAUAAUUAUCAAAAAAGAACUUCAAAUAUAUCUGCAAACCCUACAACUACUACAGCAUAUGGAAUGAUAAAAGGAACAGGAACAAAUACUUUGAGAUCAAAUUCUCAACAUACAACAGUAAAUCUUCUUUCAUUCGACUCUAAAUCUUCAAGGUACCGAAUGCCAGUAGGAACCAAAAUUUGUGCAAAAGAUAUUUCAACAACAGAAAAGUCUUCAGCAACAUUCGAUGUCGCAACAGAUCCUCAAGUUAACUUGAAAGAUUUAAUGCUUACAGACACCUCGCCUGUAAUGGCACGUUCGGUUGCAAGAGAACCUUUAUCCACAAAACUAAGUCCACUAUCAACUGAUUCUGAAACUACUAGGAAGGACAUGGUUUUAGAUGAAGUUGAAAGUAUCGUCAUAGACACAGAGUUCAUUGACCCUGAAUUAACUUUAAACUACUUAAUACCAAUAAAGACAAAUUUGAAUGAUGCCGAUUCAAAGAUGGCUGAACUUGAAACCUUGGGGAUGAAUUCGGUAUCAAAAGAGCCUCUAUCCAAAAUAAUUCCUAUAGCAUCUGACCACCAAUCUAUCACAACAUUUGUUGUUCAAAAGGAACUUCGAAGUACAGACGAUGAUGUAAUGUUGCCAAACAAUGAAACUAAAAUAGAAGAGGCGGACGAACCAGACAAAGAAAUUGGUUUGGAAAAGCCCUUGCUAACAAAAUUUAUAUCCCCUAUAACUUCUAGAGUAUCAGGAAAGAGUCAAAUAAAAACCGUAGACAAUGCAUUAACAGACCAUCAAAAGACCCACCUAAAUGUUAUAUCUACAGAUUCGACAAAUGGUGGAAAAGUAACAUCCCAGAUUCCGGGUUAUUUAGUAGGAAAAAUAUCACAACAAGAUAAUGCAUAUGCUACUGAAAAUGUAGAAUUCAAGCGACCUGUUAACACUAAUGGAUUAUCACUCGGAGAUAAAUAUAUUACUCAAAGAGUAGUGUCCAAGAGACCUACUUCUAGAAAACGAACGGUACUGUGGAGGGAGGGUGAAUUAAUUACUGUAAAUCUGACAACUAAGAAUUCUAGCUAUACUAACGUAACUCCAUCUCAGGAUGAGUUUCACUAUGCAGUUUUAAACACAUCAUAUAAGAUGCCUAACUAUACUACUACAGCAGCACCAUCCAUAAACACUGAACAUAGAACUGCAGUAGUAACAUCUCAAUGUAAAUCUAUUACAAAGAGAGAAAUAUCCGAAGAUCCUAGAUAUAGUAAUGUGUCCAUACCAUUCAAGAAUAGUCAAUAUACUAAAGAUAACUGGACAUCUGAAGAACCUAAAUAUAUUGGUGUGAGAGUGCCAUCCAAGGAGAGCGAAUAUAUUACAGUUAUUGCAAUAUCGAAAGAUACUAGCUAUAGCAUAGAAACGGCAACAUCCAAGAAGAAGAAUCAAUUUACUACAGGUAACGAAGACCUCGGCAAUGCUAAUGUGACGUUAUCCAAGGACAGUGAAUAUACUACAUUUAACGUAACACCUGAAGACCCUAACUAUACUCCUGUCACAGUAUCAUUGGAGGAGAAUGAAUACACAACUAUUACAACAUCGAAAGAGUCUAGCUAUACCAAGGAAAGUGAAUAUAAUACAUUUAACGUAACAUCUGAAGAUCUUGGCUAUACUAAUCUACCAGAUCAAUUCAAAGAGAAUGGAUUUACUAAAAUUAAAGCAAUACCCAUACAACCUACUUAUAGUAAUGCAACAACCCCAUCGAAAAAGAGUGAAUAUACUAUUAUUGUAACAGCCAACAAGCCUAACUAUAUUCGUUUGACAGCACCAUUCAAGGAGAGUAAUCAAACUACAAUUAUUGCAACAGCCAGAGAGCCUAAAUAUACUAAUGGAACAGUGCCUUUCAAAGAUAGUAAAUAUACUAAAACAAUACCUAUACAGCCUACCUAUCCUAAUGUAACGGCAUCAUCCAAGAAAAGUGAAUAUACUACAAUAAAUGCAACAUUCGUGCAAUCUAACUAUUCCAAGGUAAUAGCAAUAUCAAAAGAUAGCCAAUAUACAACAAUUAACUCAACAUAUGAACAUAAUUAUACUACUGUAAGAGCACCAUCCAAGGAGAGUGAAUACGCAACACCUCUUGUGACAUCCAAAGUUCUUGGUUAUACUCGUGUGACAGCACCAUCCAAGGAGAGUGAAGAUACGACACCUCAUGAGACCUCCGAAGUGCCUAGUUAUACUACUGUAAGAGCACCAUCCAAGAAGAGUGAAGAUACGACACUUCAUGAGACCUCCGAAGUGCCUAGUUAUACUACUGUAAGAGCACCAUCCAAGGAGAGUGAAGAUACGACACCUCAUGAGACCUCCGAAGUGCCUAGUUAUACUACUGUAAGAGCACCAUCCAAGGAGAGUGAACAUACGACACUUCAUGCGACCUCCGAAGUUUCUAGUUAUACUACUGUAAGACCACCAUCCGAGGAGAGUGAACAUGCGACAUCCAAAGUGCCUAGUUAUACUACUGUAAGAGCAUCAUCCAAGGAGAGUGAAGAUACGACAUUUCAUGCGACAUCCAAAGUGCCUAGUUAUACUACUGUAAGAGCACCAUCCAAGGAGAGUGAACAUACAACACUUCAUGGGACCUCCGAAGUGCCUAGUUAUACUACUGUAAGACCACCAUCCAAGGAGAGUGAACAUGCGAAAUCCAAAGUGCCUAGUUAUACUACUGUAAGAGCACCAUUCAAGGAGAGUGAACAUACGACACUUCAUGCGACAUCCAAAGACAGUGAACAUAGGACACUUCAUGCGACCUCCGAAGUACCUAGUUAUACUACUGUAAGACCACCAUCCAAGGAGAGUGAACAUACGACACUUCAUGCGACAUCCAAAGUGCUUAGUUGUGUUAAUGUAACAUCACAAUUUAAGGAGAGUAAGAAUACAACAGUUAUUGCAACAUCUGAAGAAGCUUAUUAUACUGUUGUUACAUCAUCAUCUAAGGAGAAUGGAUAUGCUACAAUUAAUGUAAGAUCUGACGAGAAUAGCUAUACUGGUGUGUCAGCACCAUUCAAGGAGAGUGAACAUAAAAUAAUUAAUGCGACAGCUGAAGAGCUUAGAUAUAGUAAUGUGACAGCAACGUCGAAGACACGUAAAUAUUUUACUGAAACUGCUGUUUGGGAGAAUGGCGAAAAUGCUACGGGAACUACAGCUUUGAAGAAGGGCGAACGUACUAACGGAAGGGCACCUUCAGAAGAGAGUAAAGAUUCUACCGUAAGUAAAACUCUGGAGGAGGAUGAAUAUCGUAAGAUAAAAAUCAAACCUACAAAGCCUAGCUAUUCUAAUAUAAUCUUGUCAUCUAUUACAAACAUGACAUCUAAGCCGAGGCAUACCACAAGUACUAUAUCUUUCAGAAAAUAUAAAAUUUGUAGUGGUAACAUUUCUUGUAAAGAUACCACUAAUGAAAAUGUAGUGUCAGAUCAGCUUGGUUAUGCCACGAUAAAUCUAACACCUAUAAAGCCCAGCCAUAGUAAAAGAAUAUUAUCUCGUGCUUCUGAGUAUUCUGAAAUAAACGUAACUACCGAGGAAAGCGGUUAUCUCGGAGAAAAAGUGACGUCAAAGAAACCUGAAUAUUUCUUGAAAAACUUAAUUGGGAUGAAAGCCGCAUUAUCUGAGAUUUAUGGAUAUACUACGACGAACACAUCUAAGCAGGCCAGCUAUAUCACUCAAAUGGAAACAUUCAAGAUUCCUAGUUCAUCUAUUGGUUACCAAACCUUUCAACAAAGUUAUUCUAGCACUUCUGAAAACGCCACUGAAAGUGCAACAUCUAACAAGUCUCGUCACUCCCUAGAAGGAACAGUGCGUGUAUCCACGUUUCCUUCAGCAAAUAAUUUAUCAACAGAAUUAAGUUUCAUUACGAUUACAUGGGAAAGUGAAAAUUCAACAGUUGACAUUGUUUCUAGUGAAACAAAGGAAGCGAUAAACAGCGGAUUAAUUUCUGGAAUUGUAAUCGCUAUUGCUAUUGUUAUAGGUCUUGUGACUAGUUUUCUGAUUUAUUUCAUUAAAAAACGCAAUACGAACGAAGAGUUAGAGAUAAAGGAUCCAGUUUAUCGACAAAAGGAUGAUGUGUGACAACAGACAAACCUAGAUAUUCCUUAAUCACGCUGUUAUUGUUGUUAAAAUGGAGUUUAUACUAUUUAAUCUUUUA